ACCUGUUUCCACGGGAAUAAAAGCGAUAACAAUAUUCAUGGCACAUCAUGUUCACCAGCAGGCAUUUCUUGGACUUGUUUGUCCAUUGAUUUCAUCUGCAGCCCAUUCAGAUAUUACAUUGGAUAUUUGGUGCCAAAACCUUGCAAUGCAAUAUAUUUAAUUCGUGGUUGUAUUUUCGGGCAGGAACUAACAUUUUGCACGUGUACAUCUAUGUAAAAGUAAGCGCCUAGCAUGGAUGACUCGUGCAGUAUAAUUGAUGAUCAUCAUCUCAAUGCCAAGAGAAUAGAUAUCUAUCCCUGUGAUCACCUCUUUCCGACAAUUUUACGUAUUAACUUUGGAGCUUUCGUGACUGCAGGAAUUAUUCUUUGGUUCUUUCGGUAAAGUCACGUAUAUAAAGAAAACAAAUUGGUGAUAUCUGUCUGCUUAUAUGUCUGUCUAUAAUUUUUUCUGGUUCGAUUUUAUGUCGCUAUUUCAUUAUACCUGAUGAUGAUUGCUUGUGUUGCAAUCGAAACGUCGUAUGCUAUUAUUUAAUUUAUUAUUUGUUCUUUUAUACGUGACUUUACCGAAAGAACCAAAUAAUCAUUUACUGCAGUCACGAAAGUUCUAAAAUUAAGAUUGAUGAAGAAGAGUUGACGACUCGAGAUCAUUGCACGCUGCCAACCAAUCAGCACGCGCCCCUUCUUCGCACGUCACGACUCCGCUGACCAGUGAGCGCGCGCUCUGGGCUACAUAAGCCGCCUUCUCCUCCCCGCCUGUGAGAAUCUUUGCCCUCACCAAGCCAUGGCUCGCACCAAGCAGACGGCUCGCAAGUCCACGGGCGGCAAGGCCCCCCGCAAGCAACUCGCCACCAAGGCGGCCCGAAAGAGCGCUCCGGCCACGGGCGGCGUCAAGAAGCCUCACCGCUACAGGCCCGGCACCGUCGCUCUGCGCGAGAUCCGCCGCUACCAGAAGUCCACCGAGCUGCUCAUCCGCAAACUGCCCUUCCAGCGCCUCGUCAGGGAGAUCGCGCAGGACUUCAAGACCGACCUGCGCUUCCAGAGCUCCGCUGUCAUGGCUCUGCAGGAGGCCAGCGAAGCGUACCUUGUCGCGCUCUUCGAGGACACCAACCUGUGCGCCAUCCACGCCAAGCGCGUCACCAUCAUGCCCAAGGACAUUCAGCUCGCCCGCCGCAUUCGUGGCGAGCGCGCUUGAACGCCCAGCUCGGCCCUCAAAGCACAACACAAAG